AUGAGCGUCAGCAUUGAGCACUCGCUGCACCUACCAACUUCACAUACCUUUCUUACUCCUUCACCCCCACCGAACCCCCUCCAUCAUGCGCAAAUGCCAGCCUCACCGCCACCACCGCCACCACCAGUCGACGCCCACAUGAGCUCAUCAGCGCCCACAUUACCGCCUCCCGGCCAGAGACACGACCGGCACGAUGCAGAGAUGCAGAAUAGAGAGAAUUCGGCAAACGGACCGACGCAAUUCGAACAUGCCUCCACGGAAGCCGUCGAGCCCUCAAACACCACAGUUUCUGUCCAGGUCGCGGCCGUCGACGACGACGACACUAUGGACACAACGCCCGACACAGACCAGCAGCUUGUGCUACCAACUGGCUCACCUAUCCAGGCAAAUACCCCUGCUGAGCAGCCACCCUCACUCGGAGCAAUCGGUGCUGUGAGAGAAGAAGCAGACAUCAGCAUACAGACUGAGCCAGCAACUGCCACUGAUGACGUGACCGAGAGCGUGCCUCAGAUUGUCCCUCCACCCUUCUUCGAGACAGACCUACAGCCACCACCUCCGCCGCCGCCGCCUGUCGAGCCUGCAGAAUCCGAGUCCGACUCCUCAGAAGACGAAGAUGGCAGGCAGCCAUGGCGCCCAAUACAAGAAGACGAUUCUUUCCCGGAUGAGGCCGAGUUGAAAGAGAUUGAGGCUUCCCCAGAGCAGAGUGCUUUGGACCAUGAGUACUGGGAAAACCGCGCAUUCUUGCCUGUGGAGGAGCCCGAAUACACCGUCGGCGUCAGUGGUCGCAUCGAUUGGACGAUAGAAGCCUACAAUGGAACCCGCGAACAACCCAAUCGUGACAUCGUCAUGAAGUCAGAAGUUGUCACAAUUGGGGGGCAUCAGUGGCAGAUCAAGUUUUAUCCUCGCGGCAAUGACUCAGACUAUCUGAGUGUCUACCUGGAAUGCCUCAGCGUCGUCGAUCCAGCAGCGAAGGAGAAGGAGGGCCGCGUCGAUUCGGUGGCUAAGACGGGCACCGAGGAAGCGGCUGGCGAGGACAUUCCAACAGAUCCACCAGUGCAACCCAUCACUGUCGAACAUCAACAUACACCUCUGCCGCUCUUGGAAUCCAAGCAGGUACCAAAGCGAAAAAGUGUUGCUGCACAGGUUUCAGUCGUCAUGUACAACCCCACUGAGCCUCGCGUGAACUACUCGAGGACUGCACUGCAUCGUUUCUGCAAGGGCUCGCCCGACUGGGGUUGGACAAGAUUCCAUGGCCCCUACUAUGAGAUUCAUCUUCGCCAACCAGGCCAGCGACAGGCGCUUCUCCGCGACGAUAAGCUCGCUUUCACCGCCUACAUUCGCACCAUCAAAGACGAGACCGACUGUCUGUGGGAACAUCACAGCCGAGAGAACCCUUGGGACAGCUUUGCAAUGACUGGGCUGCAAGCAAUCAUGCUUGGCGAAGAUGCCAGCGCUCCUGGUGGGAACAUGAUUUCUGCAGUUGCAGCCUGGAUGUUGUUCAAGCCGUUCAGGAAGCUGCUGUACAGCGUUCAUGUACCGGAUCUGGAGGAAGAACCGUUCGCUCAUCCUAAGCCUUUGCUCAGCGCUUUGCAAAAGGCGUUGUACAUGCUCCGGACGCAAGCAGUUCCAGGAGCUGGUGCUGUAGCGCUGGAUGACGUACUUGACGCACUUGAGUGGUAUGGCAUACACGAACGCAUCGACAAGCUGGAUGUCAUUGAAACAUGGGAGGUAUUGCGUGCCAAGCUUGAAGAGGAACUGCACGCGACGUCUGAAGCUGCUGCUUUCAAAGCCAUGUGUGGCCCGGAGCGACACUACAGGACUGGCAUUCCCAGUUAUCGUGUGCCUGUGGUUGGUGUCGAGAGCAUGCAAGACGCAAUCGACAAAUCGACCGACUUCAUCGCACCUGAUCAAGACGCUCCACAGCUUUUGACAAUUGAGAUGGACCGCCAAGAAUUCGACUCAAAAACACGCUCAUACGUGAAGCUACUCAACAGGGUUCCUUUGGACGAUCAUGUCCGAGUGGGCACGGUGCAAUACACGCUCUACGGUUUUAUUGUCCACAAACAAACACUCCAGUCGUAUGUGUACCAGCCAAUCCUAAGGCCGGAGGGACCAGGGUCAAGAUGGUACAGCUACUCGGACAGCAAAGAUGAAAACCGCGUCACAUGCCUUACCACGAAACAAGCUGUGGGUGCGCAUGAGGGUAAGACUGGAACCGGUCGGAUCUUCGGAAACGACGCUGUCGCAUACAUUGCCCUGUAUGCACGUGAAGAUACAACCAACUACGCAUUCAAGACAAGCGCCGAGUCUGAGCAGUGGACAGUACCCAAGCGGAUACCAAUCGAGGUAGAAAAGAAUAGAAAGUCGAGCACCAUCGACGCGUUGCCUCCGCCGCCACCGACCGAUGAGCCAGCUGCGUCAUCUGACAGUAAAGAAAAAUCUCCAAAUGAGGAAAAUGAGGAGUUGGCAGAAGCUGCUGAUUUCCAAGUCGUUGACUCUAGGUGCUUUCUCCAGCAUGAAGGUCCCGGGACCUUUGAUGCCUACGACUGGAAGAGCAUUGCACACAGCGCCAACACUGUUCGUACGAUUCAGCUAUCACGCAAAGAUAGUUGCGAAGAAAUUCGCAGCAAGCUCGCUUCAGUCAUGAAUGAUGUGGAAGAUCCUCGACAGAUCAAGUUCUGGUUCUUGGAUCCAUUGCGGGGCUCCCAAGAUCGCCCGAACCUUUUGAGUACCGGUAAGAUGGAAUACUCCAGCGGCAGCCAUGAACGCUACACGUUGCUGAAGGACUGGAGGUUUGACCAAAAAUUUUUUGCCUGCCGCCGCUUGUGGGUGCACAUCAUCAACUAUACGGAUCUGCCACCACUACCUCAGGAGGAGGGAACGAUUCAUGAGUCCGAAGAAGUAUCAUCACUGACAGCCAACAACGGUGGCAUCGUGGUUGAUGUUGAGCCUGAGACAAACCUUUCGCCGCAGGGUGUUGCUACACGCUCGGAGGACACGCCUAUGAGUGAACCCGAUGAACCUGAUCCGCAAGCGAUGAUGCCUCAACGGUCGAGACCGCAAACACCAAUCUCCGCGCCUUCGAAUAAUAUCGAACGCACUGAGGAAGCAAUGAUUGUAGAUGUUACCGUCGAGCCGAUAGCCACCGGACCUUUUGUGGUCGACCCUCCCGUGGUGCCUCACGAUACUGAAAUGGGUGGUAUACAAGAUGAGCUACCUCCUCCGCCACCACCGCCAUUUGAUCCAGCGAACGGUCCCCUACCACCACCUCCAGCGCCUGUAGAACGUGCACCCAGCCGAGAGUCCCCAGUAGAUGAAAUCUAUUUCUUCCUGAAAUUCUUCAACCCAGACAAGCAGAUGCUGGAGGCUCGCGGCACUUACGUAGUCAAGAAGUCUGCCAGGGUGGACGAGACCCUCGUCACCUGCCUUGGCCUGCCCAUGGAAGACAAGAAGAAGAUUGAGAUCUGGGAAGAAGAAGAUCUGACCACCCUCCGUUCAAUCAAAAACCGACGUUCCUUCCUCCAGGUCGAUUUGCACAACACGUCGGUUAUCAUUGUAGCCAUGCCUCAAACAAGCGAGCAACGCAGCAUUCUCGCAGCCCGCGCUGCGUUCGCAGACCCGCACUCAUUUCUUACCUACCGCGCAUUCGCCCGCAACUUCCCCUCCCGCCUCAAUGGCCAUGUUACAUACAACUAUUUCUCGUCUGAGUACUACAAAGGCGAGAUUAAGAAUGGGCAUCGUCACGGUCACGGGAAUAUGUUCUACCACAGCGGCGCAACGUACGAAGGCAGCUUCCAGCUCGGGCAACGCCACGGUCACGGUCUCUUCACGUUUCAGAACGGCGAUACUUACGACGGUGAGUGGGUGGAAGACCAACAACACGGCUCUGGAACAUUUACAGAAGCCGCGACGGGUAAUACCUACGUAGGCGGGUGGAGGAACGACAAGAAGUUCGGCGAAGGCGUCACGCACUGGAAGAACGCACAGGAGGCGGAGCGCUUAUGUCGUAUCUGCUGGGACGAUGCGGCAGAUGCAGCGUUCUAUGAUUGUGGACAUGUGGUCGCCUGCUUACAAUGCGCGAGGGAGGUCCAGAACUGUCCGGUUUGCAGGAAGAGGGUGCUUUGCGCAAUGAAGCUCUACUACGUGGCAUAA